CAGCCAUCUUCGUUAGUUACAUAGAGCCGCGCCGCCGCAAGAGAGGAGAGAGCGCCUCCAACGCCACCUGGAGGAGAGGACAGCGCGCCAGGGAGGGGGAGGAGGAAGAAGAACAUGGGGAAGGGCGUCCUGGAGGUGCACCUCGUCGACGCCAAGGGGCUCUCCGGCAACGAUUUCUUAGGGAAGCUGGACCCCUACGUGAUCAUGCAGUACCGGAGCCAGGAGCGCAAGAGCAGCGUCGCCCGAGACCAAGGAAGGAACCCGUGCUGGAACGAGGUGUUCAAGUUCCAGAUCAACUCGGCCGCGGCCAACGUGCAGCACAAGCUCAUCCUCCGGAUCAUGGACCACGACAACUUCUCCAGCGACGACUUCCUCGGCGAGGCGACGAUCGACGUGACGGACAUCGUCAGCCUGGGCGCCGAGCGCGGCACGUACCACCUCAACGCGGCCAAGCACAACGUGGUCCUCGCCGACAAGACGUACCACGGCGAGAUCAAGGUCGCCAUCACCUUCACCUCCACCCAGACCCAGGUUCAGGAAGAUGGAGGAGCAAUUGGAGGAUGGAGGCACAGUAGCUUUAAUCAGUGAAAGUGAUAGGCGUCGUGGACUCUCUCAAGUUCUUUGGUUGCUUGGUGGUGUUUCGGGUUGGAUGUAGUUUUUGUUUAUGUCCACGAGCAAUCUGUGCCUAACAUUUCUAGGGUUCAAUUCAAUGAUUCAAU